AACAGUGUCCGCCAGCUUCACGCAGCUGUGGUGCGUUCUGGGUUGAGCAGGUUGAGCUGAUAGUCUUUUUCUGAAAAGCCACAAAAUAUUCGGAUUUUACGAUUGCAUUUCACUUUAACGUCUCAAAUCGGUCGGCGGAUCUGAUCUCGGUGAAGAUGAAUGGAGCAGCUUUCCCCUCUCCCACAGCCGAGAUGGCGGAGAUGAACCGGAUCCACUAUGAGCUGGAGUACACAGAGGGCAUCAGUCAGAGAAUGCGUAUUCCUGAGCAGCUCAAAGUGGCUCCGUAUGACCCUGAAGAGCAGGAACUUUCAGAGCAUGAGAUGCUCCACACGGCAAUGAUGCACGUUCCCGAGAGAAUUGUAGUGGCAGGAGACAGUAAUUCCAUGCAGUUUCCCAGAGAUCUGGACCUCAUCCAGUCCACCCCACUGGAGUCAACACUGUCCCUCAAGACACCACCUCGGGUCCUCACACUCAGCGAAAGGCCCAUCGACUUUCUCGAAAUGGAGCAGCCGAGCUCCGCCAGUCAGCCCAGCGAAGAAGUGCGCAUGCAAACCAGGACACAUAGAGAGCGCUCGGUCAGCGAGAACACAAGUGUGCAUCACAGUGGCCAGCUCGCCAGAAACGACUCCAUGGGUAUGACUGCCUCCCCCUCUGCUGCAUUGCGCACUAUGGCUCCUCUCGGUGGUGCCGAGGACGGGUUUAACCUCUUCAACGCCCGCGGUGUCCUUUCCUUCAUCCAGUCAACCACACGUCGGGCCUACCAGCAGGUCCUGGAGGUCCUGGACGAGAACCAGCGCAGCCAGCCGUCUCUUAGAGGGGGUUCAACCCUCUCUAACCCCCAGCAUGACAACAGGCAUGCCCUGGCCCCACUGGACCCAACUAUAGAGGGAGGAGCAGAUGACAUGGCUGUUGUGGACGCCACCUCUCUACGCAGACAGAUUGUCAAGCUGAAUCGGCGUUUGCAGCUCUUGGAGGAGGAGAACAAAGAGAGAGUCAAGCGAGAAAUGUUCAUGUAUUCCAUCACUGUAGCUUUCUGGCUUAUCAACAGCUGGGUGUGGUUCCGUCGCUAAAGCUACAUGGACUCAGCAAUGUGGGAGGGGCAAAAUCAGAACUCCGCCCCUCUGCUCUAUGUGUCAAACUUUAGCCAUGUUUUUUGAAUGGCUAAAACAUUUUAUUUUCUUCUCAGCAAGAGCAGUAAAGUCAGGGAUAGCUUCUUUGUUUUGAGUUUGUCUGU